UUUGUUUAUUCUCAACAAACCUGAAGAAAACCAAGAGUCCUGGAACGAGGAGGGGGGGAACGGCACCCUAUUAUCUCAUCCGCAACACCAACAGCUUCAUUGAGACAAAUUAGCGUCUGAUCGAAAAAAAAAACCAAAACAACCUGUUAUCAAUGUUAUCAUAUUUUGUCAAAUCUACCGGUAACGUGGUUCAAGAAUUCAAGAUAAAAUGAAUAAUUCGUAUAAAACCUUUUGACAUUUUCUUAAUUUGAGUGAAUGGUUUGUUGUACUUAUAACUUAUUUGAUUGGAAAAGUUGUUGUAAUAUUCGUUGUGUUCCCCACAAAUUUCAGCAGAAUUGAAAAUUUUUGAAACCAGGUGGUUCCAGCUGCUGAUCAGUUUAUAAUACGCUGACAUCAAGAGGAUACGAUACGAUACGAAGUAAGCGAAUCUCCUUGGUAUAAACGCUGAUCUCAAGUGAACUGUUGAUACGAUACGAAAACCGAAUCGAAUUAGAGAUUAAUAUGUCGUCGAGUCAAUCCGGCCCUUCAACUUGCGCAUCCACCGAAGAAUGCAGUUGCAGUACUGUCCAGUUCGAUGAAAUAAAGUACACUUGGAAAAUAUACAAUUUCAGCUCUGUCGACGAAGCAGGCGAAUCUGUGUUAUCUCCUACGUUCUCAUCUCCUACGAAUGAUAAAUUUCAGUGGUAUUUAAGUUUCGAUCCCAGAGGUGAGGACGGUGAAAAAGAUUACUUUGGUCUGUUUUUACAUUUAAACCAAACCAGCAAGUGCAAAAGAGCUCUUGCCAAAUUCAGUUUUUCUCUUUUAAGUAACACGCAGAAGGAAAGCUACGUCUCGGGUUUGUCGUGUUAUUUGUUCAACAUUGUCGCAGGCUCAUGUACCGAUGCAGGUGAGUGGGGCUGUUCUAACUUUCUCAAGAAAGAUGAAACUUUUAAGAGUACAUUUUUACCGAAGGAUACCGACGCAUUGACGAUUUCUCUGAAGAUAACGUUUUUGGAAUUGAACGACGUAACUAUAGAUAGAAUUUUUCAUCGGUGUAAUAUUCUCCAUCUGCAACAACUUUCAGAAAAUCUUGCAUCGGCGCUUGGUAAUCACGAAUUUGCCGACUUCACGCUUUCAUUACCAGGAAAGGAUUAUCCGGUUCAUAAAGUUAUUUUAGCAGCGCGAAGUAAUUAUUUCGCCAACAUGUUCAAGAGCAGUAUGAUGGAAAAUGAACGAAAUCGCGUAGAAAUUACCGACGUAAAAGAAGACGUUAUGGGUGAAAUUAUGAAAUUCUUUUACACCGGAAAGUGCGAAAAUGUGGAUAAAUUGGCCGACGGAUUAUUAGCAGCUGCUGAUAAGUAUGGUCUAGUUCAACUCAAGAAGAUGUGCGUGGAAUCAAUUUCUAAAUCUUUGUCAGUAGAGAAUGCGCCGAAUAUGUUGAUUUUGGCAGAUUUGUAUCGUGUAGAUGAUUUGAAAUCACAGGUGAUCGAAUUUAUUGUAGCGAGGUCGUCCGAAAUAAUGAAUUCGACGACUUGGGACCAGAUUAUGCCGAUGUAUCCUCAAGUAUUGAACGAUGUGUGUAAGGCGUUAUCUCGUAGUAGAUUUGAAAAUACGAGUAUGUAACGCGUCAACGAUAAUUAAUAAUUAUUUCUAGAUUGUUUUAUAAUUUAUAUUCGAAGCAUAAUUUGCCUGGUUUUUUUUUUAAUCGAAACCUGAUUAUUAUUUUUUUCCUUAAUUUUUGUUAGUUUACAUCAAUUAUAAUUUCAAGUUUCAUAUGUAUGUAAUAGCGAAAUGGUCGGACUCGUACGUGCCUGGGUGAAUAGAUUUCCUUUGAAUUAGAUUAGAGUAGAGUGUUGAGUAAUAUUUUUUUCUCGUCUCAGCAUUUGUGUUUUUUUUUCAAUUUUUAUAGAUAGUUCCUUUUGAAUUUUUUUGGAAGGGUUUCGGAUUUCCGAACUUUUCAUGUCCUAUUUGUGUAACUUGUUUUACCUAAGUGUUGAUAAUUAUUUUUAUUUCGUUUUUAUUGAGGAUUUGAUAAUUGCAUACGAUGCGAUAUAAAAUGUAGAUGUUCCUUUUCCUAGAAAAUGCACGAAUAAGUCUGUUCUUGAAUGGUAUAUUUUCAAAUAAAGACUGUAUCGUUUUGACUA